GGGGGCUGUGAGGCCCCUGGGUGGGCUCAAGGCGUGGAGUCAGUGCUGUGUACAAGUGCUUGGGUCGCAGCCGUGCGUGGUGGCACAGAUGCAGACAGCUUCCCCUGUUGGCUGUGCUCCAGUACCCAUCCAUGUCCUGCAGCCGGCUCAGCCCGUGUAUGGGAGAUGAGCCUUAGAAAAUGAAUGAGAUUAACGUGAAAAGCACAAACCUUGCUUUCCCUGCUGUCCCAGUGUGGGAGCUGCAGGAUUUGGGCUGCGUGGUGACCCACCGGUGUGUGCUGUGUCCGAAGGAGCCGCUGGUGCAGGUGGGAUGUGCUGAGGGCUCUGCCGGCGCUGUGCUGGCUGCUGUGAGUGCGUGCCGAGGGAAAACAGAAAGCAGAAAGGAAUUCAGGCUGAGGAACUUGGAGGCUGAGCUGUGGAGUUGGUUCCCAGCUCCUCCUCUGGGCGGGGAGAGAGGUGAAGCAGCUGAGGAAUCCGUGCUGUGGCGCAAACAGGAGCAGCCUGGGACAUGAGGCUGAGCUGCGUCCUGGCAGGGCUGCUGCUGCCUCCCUUGGGCAUCACUUGUGGGUCAGCCCUUCCCACCCAGCUCCUGGCAGUCGCUCUGGAAGCGGAGCAGUCAGGUCCUUGCUGCACACCCAGGGGACUGCCUGGUGGAACCAACGCCAGCGCUCCCAGCGUCGGUGCCUUCCCGGCUCUCCGCUCAGCAGGGCACGAGCCCAGCAGCAGCCCGGCCAUGACCAGCAGAGGAGCAGCCAGGCCGAAUGGGCAGUCCCAAGCCAGCAAAAUCUGUCAGUUCAAACUGGUGCUGCUGGGCGAGUCAGCGGUGGGGAAAUCCAGCCUGGUGCUGCGCUUCGUCAAGGGGCAGUUCCACGAGUACCAGGAGAGCACCAUUGGGGCGGCGUUCCUCACACAGUCCGUCUGCCUGGACGACACAACGGUGAAGUUUGAGAUCUGGGACACAGCGGGCCAGGAGCGAUACCACAGUCUGGCUCCCAUGUACUACCGGGGAGCGCAGGCUGCCAUCGUGGUCUACGAUAUCACCAACCAGGAAACGUUUGCACGGGCGAAAACAUGGGUGAAGGAGCUGCAGAGGCAAGCCAGCCCCAGCAUCGUCAUUGCGCUCGCAGGCAACAAGGCCGACCUGGCCAGCAAACGCAUGGUGGAAUACGAA